UUUUCAUUCAACCAAAACGAAGAUCAACAAACGUUGUUUUAAAAGCACGUGCAUUUUUCACAAAUCAGUCUGAGUUUGCAUAAAAAUUAAUACUCUCGUUUGCUAAAUAGAUACUGAUAAUUUAUACUAAACUAUUUAGACAGCGUUUGAUAUUCGUAAAUUUUUUGGUAUUAUUUUGAGAAUGAAAGCGGACAAGCAAGUAGACCCUGCCACGGCCAUGCCCCCCUCGGCCAUGUCUGCCUUUUCUUAUGUCCCCCCUAAGAGACAGUACCCCAAAGAGAUCUCCUAUUACAACUACAAGAAAGAACCCAAAGAAGUGUUCUCGUAUGAUCGCAUCUUCCAUCAGCCUAAAGGGUACAACCAGAAGCUGCACAGAGACGACAGGGAACAUGCCAAACACGAAGGACUCGACAUUCACAAGGAGGAGAGUAGCAAAGUUGUUCCCACUAAAGUGGCCUCAAUCUAUGGUCACAACCUGGACAGGGCCAUGGACCCCAAUACGAGGGAACAUGUCCGAAUAGCCCAUGUGGAGAACACCUUCUACAGCAACAAGUACAUUCCGGACCUAGCCGAGAAAGAUCUCCAGCUGGUGCGCCUCGAAGCCAAAAUAUAAACAAUUUGUCUUCAUUGAGGACUAUUUUUUGUUGUAAACCGGAAGAACGAGUAACUUUCAUGCCAAAGAAAUGACUAAUUGACUGAAAGUUAAAAGUUACAUUAGCUAUCACUAUUUACAAUUCAAAUUCAGAAAGAAA